AUGGCGCCCUUUUCAAGCAUCUUCCGCUUCCGCGACGACAAGGGGAGAGUCUACUUCGGUGAUGCAGGCGAAUCUUCCAACCACACCGUGGAUAGCCUUACUGGCCGCUCGGUUCCGAUCUUUAAAGGCGAAUAUCCUUGGGAUGAUGAUUUUGUCUUGACAGAGAAGCAGCGCAAUGUCGCAGAGGUUCUUUGCCCGCUACCGUGUACGCCAAUAUUCAUGUGCGUCGGUCUCAACUACAAACAGCAUGCGGAGGAGGCAAAUAUGAGCUAUGGAGACUAUCCAGUUGUCUUCACGAAACCACCAGAUGCACUUGCAGGUCCAUUUGAGGACAUACCUAUCAACCCUGCCUGCGUAUCCAUGGACUACGAGGCUGAACUUUGUCUCGUUCUCGGCAAAGACUGCAAAAACCUCACGGCCGAUGCAGAUUUCGCUAGCUACAUAUUGGGUUAUACAGCGGGGAACGAUAUAUCAUCGCGCUACUGGCAAAUGCCAGAGCGGUCCGGGAAUCAGCAUGGGAGUGCCAAAUCAUUUGACAAGUUUGCACCGAUUGGCCCGGUCAUCACAUCAACCAGCGUCAUUUCGGACGUGACAAAGCUACAAAUGGAGUGCUUCGUAAAUGGAGAGAAGAGACAGUCAACAAAGCUUGAUGACCUCAUUUUCGGUAUUCCCGCUAUUCUCCAGCAUUCGAGCCGCGGUACCACGCUUCGCAAGGGCACGGUUAUUAUGACCGGGACGCCCAGCGGCGUAGCGGCUUUCAUGAAGCCUCCUGCGUGGUUGAAAGAUGGAGACGUUGUAGAAGUUCACGUUGACAAGAUUGGAACCAUCAAGAACAGGAUUUCGUUUGAACCAUCACCAUAG